UGUUUCUCCUUCAUACUUUAACCAGGCUCAGGAGUCACACACCUGACCUGCAGCUCCAGCCCGCCUGACUUCAUUCUUAUUCUCCGUCACCACAAACACAUAAUGAGACUCUUUUGAUUGUUUGCGUCGUCCAUGUUGGCAGAAGAACAAACUAAUGGGACAAUAAUUCCCUCCUGAAUAUUUGCUCUAUUUAUAACCGAAGCUUUUGUUUGGAUCUGCGCUCACGGGUUGGGUUUAGUCGGGAGGUAUUUAUAACGUGUCAUGACGUCGUGAUGAAGAGUUUCCUCGUAUCUCCAUGUCAACACAAAGGUCUGGCCAUGGAGAAGGACGGGCGCUCCAGUGCCAUGAGCGAAGGGGAGGUGCUCGACGAGGAAGACGACGAUGGCGAUGACGACGAAGAGGUCGACGCAGAGACUGAGGAGCAGUCGGGCAACGAGAGUGAGAUAAAUGAACAUGAAGAAGAUGACGGGUCCGAGAACGAAGAAGAGAGGGAGGAAGAGGAAGAAGAGAACACCGACUACCUGACCGACUCCAAUAAAGAAAAUGAGACGGAUGAGGAGAACAACGAGGUGACCAUCCGAGGAGGCGGCCUGAAGCACGUGGCCUGCGCUGAAGACGAGGACUUCAUUCAGGCUCUGGACAAGAUGAUGCUGGAGAACCUGCAGCGCAGCGGGGAGACGGUGAAGGUGCACCAGCUGGACGUGGCCAUUCCUCUGCAGCUGAAGAGUCAGCUGAAGAAGGGAGGCUGCAGAGAGCCGUGCAUCGGGGAGGGAGAGUCGGACAUCUCCGACACCAUGCAGUUCGUCAUGCUGACACGCAAAGGCAACAAGCAGCAGUAUAAGAUCCUGAACGUGCCUCUGUCGUCCCACCUGGCUGCCAACCACUUCAACCAGCAGCAGGCGGAGCAGGAGGAGCGCAUGAGGAUGAAGAAACUCACGCUGGACAUCAAUGAGAGGCAGGAGCAGGAGGACUACCAGGAGAUGAUGCAGUCCCUCGCUCAGCGUCCGGCUCCGGCCAACACCAACCGGGAGCGCCGUCCUCGCUACCAGCACCCUAAAGGCGCUCCCAACGCCGACCUCAUCUUCAAGACCGGAGGAAGGAGACGCUGAUUGGAAUCUGGGCCGGGCUGAACGAGCGAGAACGACAGAACGAAUGAACAAGCGAGCGAGAGAGAAAGAGAAGAUCGGAGCGGGAAACCGGUCGAAACAGGGAACGCCAGACGCCCCCCCCCCCCUCCCACCCCUGAAGCUGGGACAGACCAAAACUGAGGAGACUAAAACUGGGGAGCUGGGGGGGUCAGAAGUCAGGGAGCCGGACAGAUCAGAACUACGAAACGAACACGUGAGCGGCCGACCGGAUUGCGAGGCGGGACAGGAAGAUGGGACGAAGGAAGGAACGCAUCACCUCCCGCAGCCACACCACGUGGGGUGGGGGGGGGGACUCAUAAUUAGGAGUUAAAAACCUGCGAGUGGAUAGAAAAUGUACACGAGACUAGUAAAGUAUAUAUGGAUACUUUGUUCUGUUGUUGUUUUGGGAAAACUGCACGAUGGCGUCGAGGCGGCGUGGAGACGAGACAGAGGGCGAGGGUUUAACACCGGCCGUGUGUGUUUGUAAACUGGUCGCCCAGAGACGCAGAGACAAUGUUUUGUGCACGAAUGACGUGUUUGAAAUGCGGCCGAUGGUGUGAGACUCUUGUUCUGGAGGCUAGUGUUGAUUCAGUGGCAGGUCGCCGCCUCUCCGCCGAUUUAUGUCACCUACGUUUCGGCCGCGCUGAAUAGUUCGGAGCUCUAAAUCAACAUUUAUUCGUCGUGUUUAAACCGAGCAACGCAGGAAGUUGGGCGCUGGGCCUUGAAGGCGAUUUUUGUUAGGUGUAAAUUACAACUUCCGGGUCCGGGCAGAAGAUAAUUGCGAGCGCACGUGACAUAUUUAUAACCGCUGAAUGCCACAAACCAGCUGAUCGCCGACGGACACAAAGUGCACAAACUCUUCUUCUUUUCCCAACUUCUAUCCCGCUAGAUGUUUGUUUUCCUCCACCAUCAGGAGAAUCUCAGUUAGUUCUGACUUUGACCGUGUGCCCGAGGGACUGUAUGACCUGACACUUUAUUCGUUGAGCCUGUUAUAGACGUAUAAAUAUACUCUGUAUUCUGCUGCAUGGGGCUGUUCUCACCAGCCCUUGUGUCAUUUGUAGAAACGCUCUAAUUUACUUUGUCUGUGUUUCACAACUAUUGUUCUUUUCCUGCAAGAAGAGAGAAAAGGCACGGCCUUGUGUCUCGGCUUCACUGACGGAUCGUCACAAUAAACGUUGAAGACUCUCGGUGUUUGCAGCUCUCGGUGUUUGCAGCUCUCGGUGUUUGCAGCUCUCGGUGUUUGCAGCUCUCGGUGUUUGCCGCUCUGUAAAUGAGGUCGUCGUCGUGUGUUUGUGGCAUUUGCGUGUUUUGAGUGGGUGCGCCUGUUUGUCGACGUGUAAUUACAAGGCGGCAAACUUAAGUAUGUUCUCAUUUCCUGCACGCUCGCUCCUCUGACCACAGCCUAUGUGCAACAUUUUGCUGAAUUAUCGGCCUGACGGGGGUCUCUGUGCAACAUGCAUGUUCCCUGUUCUUCACCUCUCAGGUGCCCAUAUGACACAGGAUUUACUUGUUGUAAUAAUUCCUGCUGAACAUACUAACAUUAAAACAAAACCCCUAAUUGCACUUUCAAUGGAAGAGGGGACAUUUGUUUUCA